AAGAAAUCUUCAUGCGCGCGAGAUCGAUGCGGGGAGAUUUCCAGAGAAUGAGCAUGAGUGCACUUCUUUUAUAUUUUUGGGUGAUCCAGUCUAUGCGUUUUCCAGUGUUGGGUUCUGGUUCCACGUCCUCCUCCUCCUUCGCACCUUCCCAUCGGCGAGUGGGAUAGCCAAUGCUACUUCAUUAGCAAGCGCAGCGGUUCUUCAUCGACACCUCAAGAGUUGGUCGCUUGCCCGGAACCCACUCUCAGAUUCAGUCUCACACUAGCACCCAACGGAGGUAGUCAUCGAGAGGUACCUUCCUCACUCUCCUGCAACAAAAGUACUUUUUUUCUCAUCAAGUUGAUCUCAAAAAGUGAAUUAAAAAAUAAAUAAAUAAAUAAGUGUGAUCUUCAAGUGUGUGAGGAUCACAAAGAGAGAUCCUCAACAAAGAACCCUCCAAGUGACCGUCUUUUACCCAAAAAAAAAGAAAAUUAAAUAAAAUUGAGAAAAGAAAAUUAGAAGCUACUUUAAACGACAAUGAGGAUUUCAGUGAUUGUGGAGGCGUUGGUGAUCUUGGCAAUUGUGGCUUUUGCCUCUGCAAGAGUCAUUGAAGCAGAAAACGAAAAAGCAGCUCCAGCUGCAACAAAUCGCCAAGAAGAGAUAAUCGUCAGCGAUGAUGAUUUUGAGCAGGAGCACGCAGCUGGUGAUGAUAUAGCGGCGAAUGAAGUGGAAUCAACUGCUGAGCAGGUUAUUGCUGCACCAGAAGCACCCGAAGUUCCCGAAAUUGUAGCAUCAUCAACUGACGACGGGGAAGCCCCUGUGCCAGUUAACAUUGACGAUGCGCACCCCAUUAAUCGCUACUGCACGUGCACAUCAGAAGAAUGCAACUGCUGUCGCGAAUUUAAGCUGCCUCUCGUGUCCAUCCGUGGUCCGGGAUGUGCAACAGUGCGCUACAUUGAACGCAACAAGUUGUCCGUGGCCAUUAAGUAUGGGGACAUUACAUUGGGACAGAGAACAAUCUCUGGGCGAAAAGCAACUCCCAUCUGCAUGCCACUCCCUGGUGGCUACUCGCGCUUCUGCGGACGUGUCUAUGGGAUUACAAGGCAGAAGGAUGACUUCAAGGCUUGCCUGGGUUUGGAAUUGCGUGCACAGGAUGAAGUGGAAGCUGCCCUUAGGGUGUCUUGCUUCAACUUUGGACCCAAAGGGUUGUCUCUAUCGAAUGCUGAACCCCUCCCACCACCUGCUGAUGCCGAUUCUGACGAUGAUGACGACGAUGAUGAUAUUCUAAGUGGAUUAGUUGGUGGGGAUGAUGAUGAUGAUACGGGUGGUGGUGUCCUAGGAUUAGCUGAUGAUGACGAGGAAGGUGAUGCAGAUGAUGACGACGACGAUGAUGAUUAUGACGAUGACGAUGCUGAGGAAUCUGGAAAUGAUGAUGCGGACUAUUCGGGUUUUAGCCUCCUCAGUGGUGACAUAAUUGACGGACUCUUUGGCACAGGUGGUGGUGGUGGUGGUACGCGUAAGAAGAAGCCAUCAGCUGCAUCCGCGGAUGCGAAUCGCAAGAAAUUAACCAUUGCGGAGCCGCAAGCAACGAAGAAAGUACCCGUGGUGGCAGCUCAGCAGGUGGAGAAGCCGAAGAAACCCACCCGAAGUGGCGCAACGAAAGUUGUCAUACCAAAUUCACCCGGAAUUCUCAAUUCUGCCCAAAUUACCCAAAAUGAAAUCGACAGCUCAACCGCCAAUAAGGUCGACGCUGUGGAAGUUACAACGAAGAAAAAUAAGAAGGAUGAAUCGCUGUUGGAUGUAGUGGGAGCCCUUGUUGCGGGGGAUGAUGACACAGCUGAGGAAAUUGACGAUGAUGACGAUGAAGCUGAAAAGGAUGAUGAUGAGGAGAAGGACGACGAUGACGAAGAUGAGGAUGAUGAGACGGAAAUUGAUGCAGAUGCCGAAGAAGAAGCCGAUGAGGAGUCAGAAGAGGAUGCCGACGAAGAGGAUGACGAGAAGAAGAAAGCCACAACAGCCAAAGCCAUCCCCAAUAAGAAAACCACCCCCAGCAAGAAGAAGAAUGAUUUUGGACUAGGACUCUUGGGACUUGCGAGAUUUUUUAAAUUAAUCUAACCAAGUCCACAAGCAACUUACACACACGCUCAAAAGACUAGAUGAUAGUUAAUUUAUAAUUUCCUCUUACCUUUUAUAUUACCUUUUACAUUCUAAAUUUAGUUUUAUAUUUUUUAACGAUUAGGUAAAAAGAAUCUCAUUCUCCAUUGUGGUUGUACAAAUUAUAAAAUGAUUUUCUUCAGAGGGAAAUUCGCGCGCAACAAAGUAAUAAAGAAAGGAAGGAAAAAAAAGUCCUUUAAACUUUAAACUACACAAAAGAUGUUCUUCCCUUUGAAAAAACGACUGGAAAAUAAUUAAUAUCUUUAUUUAAAUGCUAAAAUAAACAUGAAAUUUCAACAAGAAAAAAAAAA